AGCGCGCCUCAAGGGAGUCAAAGGGCGCGUGGAUACUGUUCGCGAUGGAAAAUACAGGGGGCGCGCACGGGAGCGGCCUGUGAGGUGGUGCGACCGACAACGAUAACCUCCCCUCCCCCCCCCCCAUACCGAGUGGAAUUUACUGGAUAUUACGCAACACUGGCCCUUGUUUGGUUACCGCCUGCGGGUUGUUUUGGAUUUACCGUCCGGUGACUACCCCCCCCUCAUUUUCUGUCACCUGGUCUUACCCGUGCAUACCUUUUUUUUCUGGACACCUUAAGUUAGACAGGCUCGUAUUACUUGUGCCUGUUCCUCCGAGACGGGCCUAGUUUGCUUUCGUUCCCCUCCCCCCCGCUUCCACCGGUAACCGGAGGAGGGGAGGAGGGGGAGGUAGGCCGCUGCUACCGCUGGCUCCAUGAUCAAGUUGGCGGCCUUCCCUCCCUCCUCCUCCUCGCAAAAAUCCCUUCCACCGCGGCGCGCCAUUGGAAACUAGUAACCUACUAUCGGAUCUGUGGGAAUUAUCUCUAGCUGACCACUGGACUCCCAAGACUUUCGAUUCCCCAAACUGCAGUCUUAAUUUUGGAUAACUUUGGAUUUUAUAAGAGAAGCACAAGGCAACUUCCUGCUAUGGAGUCGACUGAUGACGAAGCAAUAGAGGUAUAAAUGAAGGCCACGUAAGGAAGGCAAAACGAUGCCCAAGAGUGGGUGUUCUAAAACACCACAGCCAGAAGAAUUCUCUCUCAGCUACGACAUGGUGGAGAAACAAACCGGGAAAAAGGAUAAAGAGAAAGCUUCUAUAACUAAGACUCCCAAAUUGGAACGUAGUGAUGGAGCUAAAGAGGUGAAAGAGAAAACAACUAAACGAAAAUUGCCUUUCUCGGUUGGAACAAAUGGAGAUCAAAAAGACUCAGAUACAGAAAAGCAAGGUCCAGAGAAGAAGCGAAUUAAGAAAGAACCUGCCAAUCGGAAAUCUGGUUUGCUUUUUGGUAUUGGUAUUUCUGGAAUCCGGGCUGGUUACCCUCUCUCUGAACGUCAGCAAGUGGCAUUGCUCAUGCAGAUGACAGCUGAAGAGUCUGCCAACAGUCCAGUUGAUACAACGCCAAAGCAUCCUUCUCAGUCAUCGGUUGGUCAGAAAGGGACACCCAAUUCUGCCUCAAAAACCAAAGACAAAGUUAAUAAGAGAAAUGAGAGGGGAGAGACUCGUCUUCAUCGGGCUGCCAUCGGGGGAGAUGCACGGCGUAUAAAAGAGUUGAUAAAUGAGGGAGCAGAUGUCAAUGUCAAAGACUUUGCAGGUUGGACUGCAUUACAUGAAGCAUGUAACCGGGGUUACUAUGAUGUUGCAAAACAGCUUCUUGCUGCAGGUGCAGAAGUAAAUACCAAGGGUUUGGAUGAUGACACCCCUUUGCAUGAUGCCUCAAACAAUGGCCACUAUAAGGCAAUAAAACUGCUGUUACGUUAUGGAGGAAAUCCACAUCAAAGUAAUAGAAAGGGAGAAACUCCUUUAAAAGUAGCUAACUCCCCCACAAUGGUGAACCUACUUCUAGAAAAGGGCACUUACACAUCCAGUGAAGAAAGCUCAACAGAAAGCUCUGAAGAGGAGGAUGCACCAUCAUUUGCACCAUCUAGCUCUGUUGAUGGGAACAAUACAGAUUCUGAAUAUGAAAAAGGCACCAAACCCAAAAGGAAACAUCGGAAUGCUAAUAAAACUAAUACACCACUAAAAGAUGAAUACGAAUUUGAUGAAGAUGAUGAAGAAGAUCGUGUCCCUCCAGUGGAUGACAAACACUUACUAAAAAAAGAAUUUCGAAAGGAGGGUAAAAUAGAAAGCUUAAUUUCAGUACCUAAAAUGGAAGUGAAAAAUUAUUUAAAAAAUACAGCACCAAAGAAAGCCGCCCGGCGAAUUUUGUCAGAUACAUCAGAUGAGGAUAAUACCAUAUCUGUAGGAGAUGGUGAAACAUUUAAUUUUUCAGCUCACACAGUCCUGCCAAGCAAUAAAACCAGGGAGCAACCUGUAGCAAAACACAAGGAGAAAAACAAAGUGAAGAAAAAGAGGAAGAAAGACACAAAAAAUAAAGAAGUUAGGUUUGGGAAAAAAAACAUUUUUUGUUCUUCUGAGUCGGAAAGUGAGAACUUGGAGAGUGAUAUAGAAAAUGAUAGACAUUCUUUAGAAAGUGGACAUUGUGCAAAAGACACUACAUUAAUACUAAAGGAACCUUCCUUGUUUAGUUCUUCAUCAGCAUCAUCUGCUUCUUCACAAGAGAGUUUAGCAUCACAGAAGCACAAUGCCAAUAUCCCAGACCAGCAUUCUAAACACUGGAGGACAGACAACUGGAAAACAGUUUCCUCUCCGACCUGGUCAUACAUUUGCUCACUAUCAGACUCUACAAGGACUCAUGAGAGCAGCGAAUCAGAUUAUACCUCUGAAGAUUCUAGUUUAGAGUCUGUAAAGCAGGUUAUAAAGAAACUGGAGCACAAAAAAAACAAUAUACACAACAGCAUAUAUGAGAAAAAUAAAUUUCAUCCACAGGUGGAAGGUGUAAUUCCAAAACUAGACAAAGAGGGAAAAGUUGUGAAAAAGCAUAAAACUAAGCAUAAACACAAAUCAAAGGAGAAAGGGCAGACUCCGUCUGGACAAGAUGUUAAGGUCCUAAAAUGCUUAUCUUUUGGUUAUGAUGACUUCAAGCAAAAGAGUGAAAAGACCUUAAUUCUGGAUGAUGUCCCAGAAAAAUUAAAAGUAUUAAAACCUGAUCAUGAGCAUCUCAGGAAAGAGGACAAGCUGUUAAAGAUUAAAUCUGAUGAAAAUGAAUGGUUGUUGAAAGAUGAUAGUGUUAAAGCUCUCAAAGAGGAUAAAUUUGGAAAGAAAAAAAAAGAUAGCAAAGAUACCUCCAAAACUUUAAGAGAGGACAGAGACCGAAUAAAUACAGUAGAUAGAGAAAAAAAUAUCAAAGAUAAAUCUCCCAAAGAUGAAAAACCCAAAACUCAUAAAGAAGAAAAAAAGAAAAAAGCUAAGGACAAGUUAUCAAAAAGUGAAAAGAAAAAUGACCUUAAAGAUGAAAAAAACUCCAAAAAUGAUAAAGACAAAAAUUUUAAAGACGAAAAAGCCAAAAAAGAAAAAUCUCACAAAGAGGAACCACCGCCUUUUGAGGAAUUUAACAAAAGUCAGUUUUUAGAUGAGGAAACAAAGUACAGCAUGUCAGAUGAUCAACAUGAUAUGUGGUUCUCAGAACUAUCAUCUACUUCAUUUGACUUCAAAGCAGAGGAUAGCUGGGAUUCCUUGGAAGCAGACUAUAAAGAAGGUAAAAAUGACCCUAUCAAGCUAAUUGUUGAAUCAGUAAAGGAGGAAAACAAAGAAAAGGAUUUCAAAAGUAAAGAAAAAAGAGAAUAUAUUGAUAAACAAAAUGAUAAUGCCAUCACAAAAAGGAAAGAGAAGGACCUUUCUGACAAAACUUCUGAUAAAAAGAAAGACCAGAAUGACAAAUAUAAAGGUGCCCCAACUUCUGUGGCAGAGUGCGAAAAGAAAAGGAAAGACUCUGUUGAUUGUAACAAAAACCGAAAAGAGAGAGAAUCCAGUGAUUCUGUAAGAAGGGAUUCUUUGGGGAGCAAAGAACGUAAAGACAAAAUAAAACAAGAGGAUCAAUACAAAGAAGAUCCAAAGGAUUAUGUAAGUGAGGGAUACUUCAAAGAAAAACUUGAACAAGACAUAAUUCCUAAAAAUUCUGAAACACGGGAAAGACAUAAUUCUGGUAAAGAAACAGAUAAAAAAGAUGCUUUUGAAAAAGAAAAGAAGGAAAAACUCAAAUCUGAGAGAAACCGUGAAAAAUCCAAAGACUCAGAAAGAGAGAAAAUAGAUAAGGUAGCUACUGAUAGAAGCCAGAAAGAUAAGGAAAAUGAUAAAAUAUCUAAAGAGAAAAAAGAGCCUAAAGAGAAAUACAAGGAUUCGCACAAAGACAGGAAAACCUCUCUUGAUCAGAAAACUGACAAGAAAAAUUUAACUAUGGAAAAAGAUUUCCAUGACAAGAGAGAUGAUAAGAAAACAAAAGGCAAACACUGGUAUAACAUUGCUGAUAUAUUUACAGAUGAGAGUGAAGAUGAUGAGAAAUUUAUAGCUAGCUUUAAAAUUGCAGACUCAUUCAGUAGUGAUUUACACAGAAUAGAGGGUUAUCAUGAGAGGGAAGUAGUUGCAGAGAAAGAAUCCUCUCAGGCUGAGAAACACAAGAAGCAUUCUGACAAACAGCAUUAUAGUGAGAAACUGAAAGAGAAGGAACCAAAAGACCGUAAGAAGGAGAAAGGGCAAAAUGAGGCUACUAAAGAGAAAAAAGAUAAGAACACCACCGAAAAACACAAAGAAAAGGACAAGGAAUCUUUGGAAAAGCAUCGCAAAGAUCGUGUGUCUCUUGAUUCAAAUCAAGACAAGAAAUUUAAAAAAGGACAAGACAAAGCAGACAAAAAAUAUCCUGUUGAAGAGAAAGUAAAAAUAAAGCACAAAGAGAAAGUUGAUAGGGAUCAUUCUAAAGAUCGAAAAUUCUCAAAAGGAGAUUCAGAAAAAAGCUUAUUAGAGAAAUUAGAAGAGGAGGCUUUGAAUGAUUAUAAAGAUGAUUCAAACGAUAAAAUCAGUGAAAUCUCUUCAGACAGUUUUACAGACAGAGGUCAAGAUACACAAAUAUUUUUAGAAACUUCUGUUUUGUCAGGCACUGAUGCAGUGGGAGAAAGGUUUAUAGAUUCAGUCCCUAUGCUAUGCUUGGCUGAAAAGCUCAAAGAUAAAGAGAGAAACAGACACUCUUCCUCCUCUUCCUCUUCUAAGAAAAGUCAUGAGAAGGAAAAAUUAAGAAAAGAGAAAUCUGAGAAAAAGAAUGAGAAUCUGGAUGAUAUUAAAGAUUCCUACAGUAGGAAAGACUCUCUAAUCUCUGUACAGUACGAAAGAGAAUCCCCUCUACCAGAUGGUGAUGCUGUGGUUUCAUUUACCGUUAAAACAGAGGCCGAGGAAGAUUUAGACAGAAAUAUGGAAUACAUGUUUCCUUCAGAGAGGGAGAAGUAUGAAGCUGAUAAAGAAGCUUCUAAGAAAUCUGACAAGGAAAAGAUGUAUGGUGUGAUUUCCUCUACAAAAGAAAAAAAAAAGAAAGAAAAGCACAGGGAUAAAAGUAAAGAUGAGAAGCACAGGGAUAAGCAUUUGGAGGCGUUCUUUAAGAAUCACAGAGAUGAGCAAAAAAUAGUGACAAGAGAUCCUCCACAGAUGAAUAAUAUCAAAGAAAAAGCAAAAGAUGAUGUGAUUAAAUUUGGCGAAGUCAAAAUAAAGGAGAGAGCUAAGGAAAAUGUUGACAAAGAUAAGACAGAAUCUGUAAAAAUAAGUAAUGGAAAUGAAAAAUUAAACCUGGCUAAAGAAACAAACAAGAGAGACAGUAAGCCUAAGGAAAAACUUCUGGGUGAUGGAGACCUGAUGAUGACCAGCUUUGAAAGAAUGCUUAGCCAGAAAGAUGUUGAAAUCGAGGAGAAGCAUAAACGUCACAAAGAAAGAAUGAAACAAAUGGAGAAAAUGAGACAUCGUUCUGGUGACCCAAAAUCAAAAGAUAAAACAAAACAGUCUGAAGAUAUACGCAAAAGAAGCUUAGAUGGGACUUCAAAAAAGUUAAUUGGGGAGUGUCUACAGAAGGAGAAAAAGUCUAAGGAGUUAAGCUGUUUGAACACAACCACAUCUGAAAAUAAAAUCCAACCUGCAGUUGGAAAUGAUGCUAAAGAUUGGCUAAAUGGUCCACAAAUAAAAGAAGUGCUGACUGCAUCUCCAAGACCAGAUCAGAGCAGGCCUACAGGAGUUCCCACACCAACAUCUGUGGUUUCUUGUCCAAGCUAUGAGGAAGUUAUGCAGACACCUAGGACACCUUCAUGUAGCACCGAAGACUAUCCAGAUUUGAUGUUUGACUGUUCAGAUACUCAGCAUUCCUUGCCUGUGUCUGCCAUGUCUAUGAAUGCAUGCUCACCAUCUUUUUUUGACAGGUUUUCUAAUACGUCUUGUGCUGUAUCAGAAAAUCCAAGCCAAACUCCGACUAGACUUUCAUUUUCAAACCGUAGUCGUUCUGUGUCUGUUGAUAUAAGAAGGGCACCUGAGGAUGAUUUUCCAGUUUCAGAAAUGAAGCUUUUUAGACAGCAGAGUGUUCCUGCUUCAUCUAGUUUUAACUCUCCAGUUCAGUUGUUACUAGAUGACAAGGUGCAGUUACCACUUCUCUCCACAGAGAAAUUUUCCUGCUUGUCUCCAGGUUACUAUUCACCAGAAUACAGAGCUGCUGUUGAAGAUGUUAACUGUGCAACUGGAGAUAUUGGAAAUAUUGCAUCCUCACCAGACCGUAUCUAUUCAGGUGUGCAGGCAAAAUCAUCUCCUUCAGAAAGAGAUGGCCACUUGGAGCCUUCCACUGAUAGCGCAGUUCCUCCAGACAUUGGCAUUCCUUCAGAUUCUGAAGCUCAGCAAGCAACAGAAUCUAUUCUUCCUCAAGAACAGAGUUUUUCACCACCUCAAUCAAAUUUUAUGCAACAAAAUUCAAAUUUUAUACAGUCUGAAGAUGAUUUUCCCCUAAAUGAGAAUAGUUUUUCAGCAGAACAUGAAUUUAUGCCCCAAGAAACAACUUAUUUACCACAAGAUCAUGGAUUUAUGCAUCAGCAGUCAGAAUUUAUAACUCAAGAGCCAGAUUUCAUGCCUGCAGAACCAACAUAUUUGCCACCUGAGCAAAAUUUUUCUAUACAUUCUGAACCUAGUUUUGCUCCCCGUGAAACUUCUUUCAUACAAAGUGAAACUAAUUAUUGUGCUCCACAUACAGAUUCUACUAUCUUAUCUCCAGAACCUGCAUUUAUAGCACCUACUGCAGAAUCUGGUUAUCUGCCACAUGUUGAGGAAAAUACUUUUGAUACUAAUAUGGCUGAUGAUAACCUAGGGUGGACUAGUCCAACAACAAGAAACUCUGAAUCUGUAACGCCACCUAGCCUCAUAAAUAACUCUACAGAACAUGCUAGCAGCCAGGCAAUUGGAUCUGAUCUUUUAAAAUCUCCACAAAGGUUUGCAAUCUCACCUAAACAUUUUUGCUCAUCUGAGAAAUCUCUUGCUGCAUCAAUUCCCUAUAUUUCUUCAGAUUCUCCCUAUCCAGUAUCACCAAUUUCAUAUCCCUUAUCUGAACCUGCUCCUAGAGAAUUAAAAGAUGAAGUUGAUGAAGUUAUGCCACCUCAAGAUGACGAAGCUGCAUACAUGUCUCCUACUCCUCUGACUUCUUUCUUUACUAAUUGUAAACCUCUGCCUGAAGAGCCAAAACAGCCGUCUUCCGAGGCAGUGUGCUUAUCUGCUGAAACUCCUGCUGAUGGAUUGAGUACUGUUAAAAACAAUUACGUAGAGUCAGGUGACCUUCACACAUCUAGUCAAGAGGAAGCAGUACCUUGGUCUGAUCCAUUUUCAAUAGCUGUAGAUGAUUUAGAUCUUGGCCCUUUCUCACUUCCAGAGCUUCCUCUUCCAGUCAAAGAAGAUACAGAUGCUGAAAUGACUGAUAAACAUUGUAUAUUGGCAGCCAGUCCUAUUUCUUCAGUGGUCGACCACAGUAUGGGCAUAAGCGAGAUGUGUUCUGAUGACAUGGAACCCAGUAAACCAACACCUAAUGAGCCUAGUGGUAUGGUAGCUGAACAGCCCCUAACACAAACUAAAGAACAUGAAGUUUUGGCUGAUAAAACUUUGGAUGAUGCUGAAAAAAGUACUUCAGAGCCCAUUUUUGAGUCACACUGUCCAACCCCAUUUAUAUCCCUUUCACCGCCUAAAAAGAUGGAAACAGAUGAAGUUCAGUCUGCGGACGACUUAGAGCAGAAUUGCUUAGCAACAGCUGACACUACUGAUGUGAAAGCUACACCUGAAUUUACAACAAAAGAAAAUGUUGAACAGGGUUUUACUGUCCAAGUGAUCGCUACCCAGGUUAACACAUCUGUAGAAUCUUCAGAUCAAAUACCAAAAGCUAUAGUAGUUGAUAUUCCAAAACCACCUAAAAUAGAAGAGAUCCCUCAACGUAUGACCCGUAAUAGGGCUCAGAUGCUUGCCAAUCAGAAUAAACUAAAUAUUUCUCCAGUGGAAAAAGACAUCACUACAGUUACAACUUCCACUCGCUCUAAGGGUAAAGGUACUGAUGAAGACGACUCACAAACACAGUAUCCACGCAAGAGAAAAUUGCAUAAACCCAAUCAGCUGCAACAGCAAAUAAGCAACACCAACCAGCAGACUCGAGAGAUGAUUCAGCAGACCUUGGCUGCAAUUGUUGAUGCUAUAAAGCUGGAUGACAUUGAGCCAUAUCACAGUGACAGAGCUAACCCAUACUUUGAGUAUUUGCAGAUCAGGAAAAAAAUUGAGGAGAAGCGCAAGAUACUUUGCUACAUCACUCCCCAGGCUCCACAGUGUUAUGCAGAAUACGUUACAUAUACUGGUUCCUAUCUGUUGGAUGGCAAACCUCUCAGCAAACUUCACAUUCCUGUGAAAGGUUUAUCUAGGAAAGCUCAGGCGCAGCAAAGAACCCAGAUUGCUGCACCUCCAUCCUUGUGUGAACCUCUGAAAGAUUUAUUCCGACAACAGGAAGCAGUGAGGGGGAAGCUUCGUCUACAACACAGUAUUGAGCGGGAGAAACUCAUUGUGUCCUGUGAACAGGAGAACCUGCGUGUUCACUGCAGAGCAGCCAGGACAAUUGCCAACCAGGCUGUGCCUUUCAGUGCUUGCACAAUGCUGCUGGACUCAGAGGUAUAUAACAUGCCUCUGGAAAAUCAGGGAGAUGAAAAUAAAUCUGUCAGAGAUCGUUUCAAUGCUCGCCAGUUCCUGUCCUGGCUGCAAGAUGUGGAUGACAAAUAUGAUAGAAUGAAGACAUGUGUGUUGAUGAGACAGCAACAUGAAGCAGCAGCCCUGAAUGCAGUGCAAAGAAUGGAGUGGCAGUUAAAGGUGCAGGAGCUAGACCCCACCAGCCACAAAACCCUGUGCGUUAAUGAGGUUCCUUCUUUCUAUGUGCCAAUGGUGGACGUUAAUGAUGACUUUGUGCUCUUGCCAGCAUGACAAGGUGGAAAUCCAAGUCUGUAUUUCUGGUUUUCAUAAACCCAAAACUGGCAAGGCCGGGCCCCUUUGGCUGUGGUGAGCUUUCACUUCAAAUGCAUCUUAUUGCUUGCUGAUGAAUCCACUGCUUAGAAGAGGAGGAAGCAUUCACAGGAAUAGAUACAAUAAGAAAUUGCACUUCACAGCUUAACUCAACUAUAUCCCGCGAGAGAGGGCGCUGUCCCUCAAAUACGGAGACGCACGCACAGGUAGUGUCAGAGUAGAGCAAGGAAUCAAGUGAAUCAACAUGAAGUGUCUGCCAAUGCAGACAUGACUGCUUUCUGCAAACCGGGCACUUUCACUCAGUUCAUGCUUGUUGAUCUUAUGCUAAGAACUUGAUUUUUUGUAUUUCUUUUGAGAAAGGUAGUGGCAUUUCCCCUUUUCUCAAUUUCUUUGUUUUCAGCUGCAGAUCCAAUGAUCUAUGAACUUCUAAGGGUCUAUUUUAUUGGCGUUUUUUCUGUCUCAUCAGGUUGAAAUCUUGCAAGAUGAAAUAAGCCUUCAGGAGCUGACUACCUCAUUGGUCAGCCCAUAUAUUCAGAGGCCUCAAUUCUCCUGGGAUGACCUAAUUCCACUUUUUUUUUUCUUCUUCUUCUUCUUCUUCCCCCUCCCAUCAUGUUUGACUGGUCCAUAAUUCUUUCCCAAUACUUCAUGUUCUGGAUGAGGCGGAUUGUAAGUCAUGAGUAUGAUUUUAUUAUGUGAAUAACUUAACCAGUUCAUCAUUUGUAUAUAUUUUUUUUUCUCUCCUUUAAAUCUUUGGGCAUUUUGUUUCUCGUACUGAGAAUAUAACUUGAUACACUACAGAGCCAAUACUCCUAUGUAAAAAGAAAAAAUGUAUCUGGUAAAUGCUGUACAGUUUUUAUACACAUUACCCAAUGUACCUUUGCUGCCUCCUAGAUAAAUUAUUUUGCAAACACAUUACUGCACAGUUGUAAAUAACUUAUGUACUGUAACAUCACUUUCAGUUUUGUGUAAAGAAAUAAAUUAAAAAGUUGUAUUAUAUAGUUUACCCUAGGCAGCACUAACCAUUGUAAUGAGGGGUUGUUCGAGUUGGGCUGCUAUGGGCCAAAAUUGUGUUGUUCAGUAUUUUAGUAAAUUCUCUUCAUUGUUGUGCCCCCUUGACACCUAGAUCUGCCUUCUAUAACAUUCAUAAAAUUCCAAAGUGGUGAUUUCUUAUUUAUUUUUUGUCCCCAAACCUUUGUUAGAAUACCAGUGGAAAGUGAGCCUAGAAUCCUAAAUUUUGCUUAAAGGGAACAGGAUCACGCUAAAAAUUUAUCCCAAAGGAACAGAUUAAUUUGUUAGAUAUGUUUUACAUUUUGCAGAGGGAAAGGUUAUAUAUAUAUAUAUAUAUAUAUAUAUAUAUAUAUAUAUAUAUAUAUAUAUAUAUAUAGAAAACUGAUAAUCUUAAAGAAAUUUUUUUGAGACUUGUUUUAGAAUCAAAGUUCUCAUAAAAAGCUAAUUUAGUUUUGUUUUUUUGGGGGGGCUAAUGUACUGUUUUGUUUUGGGGGUUGUUGUUUUUGUUUUGUUUUUUGUCUAUGUUCAGUGCAUAGUUUUCUUAUGCUUGCUUUACCCAACAUUGCUUAAAUGAGAUGGAAGAGUAGUAUAUCACCUGCUGUAGCUGUAAAACUUCUCCCAGUCUAUGCAUUUAUUUUAUUUGCUACCUUUUUUUUUAACAUAUAGAUUUAUGUUCAUUACAAAGCCAGUUUCUGACUUUGGGCCCAAAUGUGUGGAUUGUAAGUCUGUGUUUCUUGUUUAGUGUUAAAUAGUUGAUUUUAAUUUUACCUAUCUUGUUUAUAUCUCUACAAGUACUUCACCAGUUGAUAUAUUCCCAAAAUUUGCAAUAUCAAUAGGUAGUUUUCCAUUAGUCCUUUUGGAUAAUUGCUCUGAUCAUUGGCUGAAACCGUGGAAGGUUCACACUCAGACAGAGCCAUAAGCUUAUUGUGCACCUAAUAGAAUACUUCAUCUAUUUUAUUUUAUAGCAUAUAUGAUUUGUUGUGCUUGACUUUGUAUUUUUUUUUAAUCAUAUUAAGCAAAUGUUGUAUCCAUAGCCUAGCUCUCGUUUCAUUGCCACCAUACUUGUAGGACUGCAACUUGUGUUUAGACACUGAUGGAUAUCUUGUUGCCUUUUCUCUCUGUGCAGGAGGUUAUUUAAUAUUUUACGUAGAUAUUCUACAGUUAUACAAAUUUAAAACGAGGGAUGAGUGUGUGCAUCCCUUUUGCCUUUCUUUUCAUGUAUGGUUACUAAAUUUUGCUGCAGAUUGAGUAUUUUUUUUUACACUUUGUGUAAUAGCAGGUGUUCCAUGUUUAUUACUCUAAAAAUCUAUAGUCUACAUUCCACGUGGUUUCUCAUUAAAGUCCGUUUAGAGACGCACAAAACAUCAAAAGGUGGUAAAUUUGAGACCAUUCAGAAAAGCAUUAUAGACUGCUGGAGCUGAAGCAAGUCUUUUAAGGGAAGAGCAGCAUAUGAACUAGUUUUUUUUUUAAAAAAAAAAUACAUAUUUUGUUUAAGAACAAACAGCUUUGUUUUUAUGCACGUAGUUUAACAAUUUAAUUUAAUUCUGUUCGCUUAGGCAACAUUUAAUCUUUACAGGACAACAAAGAUAAAGCUAAGAUCCACCCCCUCCCUUUUUUUUCCCAUACUCAGAAUUUAAGACUGUAAUCUUCAACUCAUAUACAAGUAUAAACAUGCUGCAGGUUCAGUGUGACCAAAUUUAGCAACUUCUGUUCUCUGUAAUUCCAUUGAAGUGCUCAUAUCUGGGUAUUCCAAUAAUGUUAAAAUAUUGAUGCUCUUUAAAACAUUGUGGAUUUUUCAACUCCAUUAAUAAGAAAUGUGACUUGUUUUUUUGUUAGUUUUCUUUUGUUUUAAGAGAUAUUGUUGAACCUUACAACUACACUUGGGAAUCUCUGACCUAGGCAAAUCAAACUCCCUUUUGUGGAUUUCCAACAUCUCACCUAGUGUGUGCCUUAAUGCAAAGAAAGGUGUACCUGUUACAGGCUAAGUUAGCCAUUUCUUUACAUUUUACUUUACUUUUCUGACUCAAUCCAUCCUGUUAAUAGAAAAACAAUCUCAGGUCUUUGGGGUACACAGCAGUUCCUUGUUGGCACUCUAAAAAUAAGGUAGCUGCAAGGUAAUAGCCAUUUAGAACCAUAUACACCUUUUAGGGGGUGUUCCUUUGGGAUUUGUUCCUGUGUCCUAGAAAGACAAUAUCAUUUUAUACUUAUUUCCAUGCAAUUAAUUGCAUUUGUAUAACCCUUCUAUCUAGCUGCACUGUAUUUUAACAGCCUUGCCAAUUUUAACAUUUAAAAUAUUAUUUUAAAUUUGAUUAUCCAGGGUGUGGGGUGCAGGAUAUAUAUUUAUUUUUUUCCCCUAAUAGAAAAAACAAACAAAACUAUAUUUAGGACUGAUAAAAAAAAUUAAAAAAUGCAUGGAUACUUUCCAUUACAAUCAGCAAGGUGCAAAGUUUAUUUAUUAUCUUACACCUGUGGUAUGGGGUUUUAUGUCUCGACAGAUUGUACAUUUUCCUCCUGUAUUGCAUAUUUGAGACAUUGUACAUAAGUGUAAAUAUGAAGCUAGCAGUUUGGUCCACACCUUCUUUGUAACAGUUCACUUCAGUACAGUGUGUGGAUUGAUACAGCAGCCAGAUUGCGUUGUUGGUAAUGUAACAAUGUAUAAUUUUUUUCAAUUUGUUAGUUUGUGUACAUAUUAUUUUGGCAGCACUGGUGCUGCCACUGCUCUGCCCUUGCAGUUCAAUCAUUCAGCUGUAUACAACCUCCUGCAAAAUGACAAAGUGAAUAAAGGUUAUUUUCUACGAUUGCA